AUGCCAUUGCUAUUUGCCAAUUUAACUGGCGAUCUGGACACCGACGAAGAGCCAACAGAAGAACUGAAACCCAAUUUUCGGAAAAACAUGAGACGCAAUAAGAGGUGCAAAGUCCCAAACACUGGCCACGGGGAUACAAUCCAUGCCAGUGACGAUGGUGCUUCGUCAUGGGACGAUACAUCGGAGAGCGAAGGGAGUGCCGAUUCAGAUAGGGGUUUACCAAUUGAUGAAGUUGCCAAACUUGGUAUUGACGAUCAGGCCCACAAUGGAGCAAUGAAUGAGAGGUUCGCUAUCCCUUUGGCAUACGUGCCUGCGACCAAAAGCACCUUGCAUUUGAAACACAUUUAUGCUUGA